CGGAUGGUUCCGCAGUCGUUGUUGUUUUGCUUCUGGUCACUCAUCAGGCGGACAGCAGCCGCUGAAGAUGAUGGAGCAUUCAGCAUCAGACUCCGAAACUGAAGAUCAUGUUCAGCCUUUACUUCGCAGGAAAGACACCGGAGACAUUCAGAAAGCUCCUGCUUGCUGCUCCUCACGUUACGGGUUGGCCUUUUUGUCGUGUUAUGGCUUCUUUGUGGCAUAUGCCCUCAGGGUGAACCUUAGUGUGGCAAUGGUGGACAUGCUGAAAAACCGUACCAGUGCCAACAGCAGUUCCUCCGUCUGUCCUCAUCACAGCAGCCCUGUUCCCAAACACAAUCACACCGCCAGUGUGUAUGACUGGGAUUCAGAGACUCAGGGCUGGAUCCUGGGCUCUUUUUUCUAUGGAUAUAUACUUACUCAGAUACCAGGUGGCUACUUGGCACGCAAGUACGGUGCCAAGUGGCUCUUGGGUAUUGGCAUCCUUUGCACUGUGAUCUUCACCCUGCUAACUCCAGUAGCUGCUGAUCUAGGAGCUGGUUACCUCAUCGCUGUCAGGGUGUUGGAAGGUAUUGGGGAGGGAGUGUCAUAUCCUGCUAUGCAUGCAAUGUGGGCGUCAUGGGCACCACCUCUGGAGAGAAGUCGACUGCUCACUAUCUCUUACACAGGUGCUCAACUGGGAACUGUAGUGGCUCUCCCUCUUUCUGGUCAGAUAUGUUUUUAUCUAGACUGGACAUACGUCUUUUAUAUAUUUGGAAUUGUUGGACUUCUUUGGUUUGUCCUUUGGGCUUGUUUAGUCAGUAACACUCCCAGCUCACACAAAAGGAUAACAGAGGCUGAGAAGGCAUACAUAUUGGCAUCUUUAAAAAAUGAACUGUCCCCAACCACAGAUUACAUCCCAUGGACAGCAAUCCUCAAGUCUUUGCCAUUAUGGGCCAUAGUUGUGGCACACUUCUCCUACAACUGGACAUUUUACACUCUGCUGACUCUCUUACCCACCUACAUGAAUGAUGUUCUUGGAUUCAGCAUCCAGCAGAAUGGAAUGCUCUCAGCUCUGCCCUACCUUGGUUGUUGGUUGCUGGCUUUGCUGGGUGGACAGCUGGCAGACUUCUUGAGAGAGAAAUGUUUUAUGCGCACUGUAAUAGUGCGCAAGGCUUUCACUAUAGUAGGAAUGGUGGGACCAGCCGUCUUCCUGGUGGCUGCUGGCUACACUGGCUGUAACUACACCUUGGCCAUUGCCUUCCUCACCAUCUCUUCUGCUCUAGGGGGCAUUUCAGCGUCUGGAUUUAACAUCAACCAUUUGGAUAUUGCUCCCUCCUAUGCUGGGAUAUUGCUUGGGAUCACAAACACAUUUGCCACUAUACCUGGAAUGGUGGGCCCAGUAAUAGCAAGAUCUCUGACCAAAUCUAACACCAUUCCAGAGUGGCAAAUUGUCUUCUACAUCUCUGCAGCAAUCAAUAUAUUUGGAGCAGUUUUCUUCACAAUAUUUGGCAAGGGCACAGUCCAGCCUUGGGCUGUUCAGAGAAUAAACAUUCAAUAAAGCAUAUCUACCAUUAGCCAUUUCCAAAAGGCCAAAGGGAUGUACCUAUUGUAAAUUCCAUAGAAAUCCUGUAGGUAAUUGCAUAUGGUUUGCAAACUAAUGAAUAUUGCACAAUCCAAUGUUGUUGUUUUUUUUAAAACAUACCAACAAAUUCUGAUAAUUUUAUUGGUAAUAGGUAUAUCUGUAUUUGUUAUACACGCCAGUAGUAUUUUCUUUUUUCUUCAAAUGAAGGUGUGAUAAAUAAAAAGAGUGA